AUGAGUAGUAUAAAUCCAAGACAUACAAGUCAAUUUUUAAAGAAACCAAUAUUCAAGAAUGGAUUAAGAGAAAUAUUAGAAUGUAUCAAUGUAUUGGAACAAAAGGUAUCACAACAAAGAUUAGAAAACAAAGGGUUAGAUGUUGUUACGAUGGAUACAUUGGCAUAUUGUUAUUUAGAGGCAAGAGAGAUUGGAUACUUGCAAAAGAGUGUAGCAAUGUAUGGUGAGAUAUUAUUUAUCAUCUAUGCAUCACCAAUGUCUGGUAUGCAAAUUGAUUAUGCAAUUACCAUAGGUAAUCUUGCAUUUGCUAAAUUCAAUCUAGAUACUCCAAUGUACGUCGAUGCUCUAGGUGUAUGCAAUCAAAUCGCUUACAAUGGACCUGCUGUCGCAUCAAUCAUUGUACAAGAACUCACAAGUAUAUUGUAUCCAAGAGGUUCUCUACCUCGUCCAAUUGAACCAGACCUAAAACAAUUCAUAUCGAAUCGGUUGAAUCAAGCUUUUAGUGUACUUUCACCUCUUCACAACCAAGAAUCUAUAGAAUAUGUAGAGGUAUUAUUUAUAAUGGCCAAGUAUAAUGGAUACCUAUUAUACAAACAAGACCAAGAAAAGGAACUUAGAGAACAAACAAUCAAAGCAUUUGAUAGUGUUUUAGCAUGUUAUCUAAAAGUGUACGGACCGAUACAUCCAAAAUAUGCUAUGGCAAUGGCCUACAAGUCCUAUGCAUACACUCAUCGAGAUGAAGAGUGUACACAACUUGCCAUGGAUGCUGUCCCACUUGUCAUGCAAUACUAUGGAGAGUUGUACAUUGAAGUAUUAUUAUCACCGAUUUUGUCAUUUGGUUCAAAUAAAUAUGCAAUGUCUUGUUGGUAUCAAAAUGAAUAA